AUGGCGGCCGCGGCCUGCUCUCUGUUGCUGAGGCGCCCCGGCGUCGCCGCUGCCGCCGCCGCCGGAGCCGCCAGUGCGCUCCUGGGCCGCCGGGUGUGGCGGGGUCUCGGCGGCCCGCUGUGGCGCUUGGCUCCGGCGGCCUCGUUGCUUGCCGCGACUCCCCGGCGGCGGGGCCUGAGCCUAAGCCUGGGCGGCGGAUCACGACACGCGGAGGAGCAGCCGUCCGUGAAGGCCGCAGCGCACUAUAGGCUGGUGUACACGUGUAAGGUGUGCGGCACGCGGUCCGCCAAGACGAUUUCCAAGGUGGCUUACCACAACGGCGUGGUGAUCGUGAAAUGCUCGGGCUGCAAAAACCACCACAUCAUCGCCGAUAACCUGGGCUGGUUCUCAGACUUGGGUGGGAAAAGAAACAUCGAGGAGAUCCUGGCCGCCAAAGGGGAGAAAGUGAGGCGGGUCGUUGGUGAAGACGCUGUGGAGCUCCUACUCGAGGACGCGGAGCCGGUGGGACCCCCAAGCCAACACUUAGAAGGCGAUGGAGAAAAAGACCCCAAAUGACAGUGCUAAAGCUGGGAUUGAAGGGGAAGGACACCCCCAUUUGAUACCCUCUUAUUCCAACACAUCCCCCCCCCUCGAAGAAAGCCUUCAUUGAACUUACCUUGGUUAGGUGAAUGUGUCUCUUCCAAUCUCUUGGGGCUUAGAUAAAUCCCUGGAGGAGGAGGAGGAGGAAGAGGCAGCGGCGGAGGCUAUCAAAUGGCUACUAGUCCUGAUGCCUCUAUGCUAUCUCCAGGAUCAGAGGCAGUAGGCUUAUGUGCACCAGUUGCUGGGGAACAUGGGCAGGAAGGUGCUGUUGCAAUCCUAUCCUGCGUGUGGUUUUCCCGUGGGCAUCUAGCUGGGCCCUGUGUGAACAGAGCACUGGGCUGGGGGGGGGGGCUUGGCCUGGGCCAGCAUCAGGGCUGUUCUUAGGUUUAUGUUCUUAUCAGUUUCUAAUUAUUGAAAGGAGGCGUUUGUAAGGACCGAUGCAGUUUUAUUUGCACUUCGAUAGCACGUGUGGAGGGAAUGUGGAUGAGGCAGAAAGGGCACCAACCUCUUCCAACGCCGAACUGGAGAGCUGGGGGGGGGGGGCUUUAUCCACAGACCUGAUGUUUUGCACCCCUGCUGUGUGGUGUGUGCGUGUGCGUGUAUCCAACCACAUGUGUGUGCGCAUCGUAGUCCGACACAUCUAGAGGGCACCAUGUGGGGGAAGGCUGAGGUUGAGGCCUCUUCCUCCACCCCCCCAGGGCUGCAUCCUGUCCCCCGUCACCUCCAAGGCGUAAAAGGCUGCCUAGGAGGAGCGUGGAGCCAACGCAGCCAUUCUUCUCAUUGUGGCAGAGGAAGAGAUUGACGGGGACAAACUCUUCCAGUGCGGCAGGGCGGAGGGGAAAGCGAUGCCGGGAGCCAAGUUCAGCUCUGAAUCGUUGAAAACUCGGUGAGCCCCUGGGGUUGGAGCUAGAUUUGCGCUGGGUCAGCUGCACUGGCGCUGGACGGCCUCUGCCCCCCGCUGAACAGGGUCAGCUGCCGUGUCGGAGAGAAAGCCCUCAAAAUGGGGCAGAGGGGCCCUCUUUGAGCGGACCCCGCCCUCUUGAGGAAGGCAGAUCCCGAAUUCAUCCCUUGGGUCUGUUCCGGCACGGCUCUUCUCACGUGCUUACGUUAUGCUCGCCUGCACCGGAGGGUUGCUGAACCCGCCUUGCUUGAACCACAGGUCAAUUCUGCCCUAUUUCCACUAAAGCUCUUAUCCAGCUUUGCCGGUCUCAGAAGGAGAUCCUGGGAUUGUACCCCGCUCCUGGGAUGCGCGAUUCCCCGCUCCCAACACCAGCAGGGGGCAGUCAUGCAGCAAAAAUGAAAAAGGGGGGCUGAGCUCUGUGGCCAUUCUCACCCCCCCCCCAAAAGCAAGGGACAGGGUGGUCGUGGGCUUUAAGCUUAGAAGAAAGAGAUUUCUCUCCGUGCACCAAAAAGUAUUCCUGCCUACUGUUCUCAAACAGAAAUGUUGAGCUUUUGCCCAUUCUAGUAAGUUUCGCUUGUAAGUUUUUUCUUUCUCCCUGCUUGCAGUGAACCGCAAGAAGGAUUGUUUGUACAAGUGGAUCUGGGGGUGGGGGGGUGUUGGCCUAGCGGACCCCUGCCGCGAAGGGUCUGUGUAGCUCCCACUUGUUGAAUGAGAUGCAUUGUCGUGGAAGCGUGAAUCCCUGGUGGAGGGAAACGGAGUCACUGGCCCAGUGGCCCAGCAAUAGAGGCAAACGGAAGAGUGGUUUUUAGGGCACCCUCAAUAGGGCCCCCUCCCUCACCACCAUGGUUACCCACACAUGUCGUCCUUCUUCCUCCUCCUCCUCCUCCUGGACACCACUUGCUUGAGAGGCCGAGAGCGAGGAGGCCACGGUGUCUGCUCCUCCUCCUUCUCACAGCCUCCGUUGUCUGGGUCAGAGCAAGAAGCCGGAUGGACAAGCAGGCUGCAGUGAGGAAGAGCAGGAGCACUCCAGGGGGCUCCUUUGUCGGUGGGCCCCUGCCGGGGUGUGGGUCCUGCCCCACCGUGCCAACCCUGGACAAGGGGGACCUUUUCUAGUGUGUUGCUGGUUGUUUUUUUCAGGCAAGGGAAUUGAUUUCGGCCCUCCGGCUAAAAGAGAUUCAACACCUGAACUAAGAAUUUACUGAAAUGUUAUUUUAACGUACUGCUCAGUAUCCAGUAAGUUUCAUCUGGGGCUGUAAAUAUUCUUGC